CCGGAGAGGGGAGAGUGUGUCUGUGCCCCGGCGGCAGCGGUGGGGACGAUGAUGCCGAGCGGGCUGGCUGUGGCCGUGGCCGUAGCCCUGGCGCUGCCCUCCGUGGCCCUGGAGAACGGGCUGGCGCGCACUCCCCCCAUGGGCUGGCUAGCCUGGGAGAGGUUCCGCUGCAACGUGGACUGCCUGGCGGAUCCCCACAACUGCAUCAGCGAGAGGCUCUUCUUCGAGAUGGCAGAUCGGCUGGCACAGGAUGGAUGGAGAGUGCUGGGAUACCAGUACAUCAACAUUGACGACUGCUGGUCUGCCAAGCAGCGGGAUGCAGCAGGACGGCUGGUUCCCGAUCCCGAGAGAUUUCCUAGUGGAAUUAGGGCUCUGGCUGACUAUGUCCAUGCCAAGGGCCUAAAGCUGGGCAUUUACGGCGACCUGGGCAACCUCACCUGUGGGGGCUACCCGGGCACCACACUGGACUAUGUGAAACUGGAUGCCCAGACCUUUGCAGAGUGGGGUGUGGAUAUGCUAAAACUGGAUGGGUGCUACUCAUCAGAAGAGGAGCAAGCAAAGGGCUACCCAGAAAUGGCGAGGGCUUUGAACGCCACCGGCCGCCCCAUUGUCUAUUCCUGCAGCUGGCCAGCAUACCAGGGGGGGCUCCCCCCCAAGGUGAACUACACCAUCCUGGCAGAGGUCUGCAACCUGUGGCGCAACUAUGAUGACAUCCAGGACUCCUGGGACAGCGUACUUUCCAUCCUGGACUGGUUCUUUGCAAACCAGGACGUGCUGCAGCCGGCAGCUGGUCCUGGUCACUGGAAUGACCCCGACAUGCUCAUCAUUGGAAAUUUUGGCCUUAGCUACGAGCAGUCACGCUCUCAAAUGGCCUUGUGGACAGUGAUGGCAGCUCCUCUCCUCAUGUCCACGGAUCUCCGCACCAUCUCCCCAAGUGCUAAGGAGAUCCUGCAGAACCACCUGAUGAUCCAGAUCAACCAGGACCCCCUGGGAAUUCAGGGGCGCAGGAUUGUCAAGGAGAAAUCCCUCAUCGAGGUGUUUCUGCGCCCACUGUCCCAGGCUGCCAGCGCCCUUGUCUUCUUCAGCCGAAGGACAGAUAUGCCCUUCCGCUACACCACCAGCCUGGCCAAGCUCCACUUCCCUGAGAAUGCUGUGUAUGAGGUAAAAGACGUGUACAGCGGGAAGAUCAUCAGUGGCUUAAAGACAGGAGACAACUUCUCAGUUGUUAUUAACCCCUCAGGGGUGGUGAUGUGGUAUCUCCGUCCCACGGCACUCCCAGUGCAACCCUGGCACGUGGUCAGAGAGCAAGCCCACGGCGAGGGUCUCCACCCCAUCCUCCUGUGAUGAGGUGCAGUGGGUGGGAUGUGGGCCAGUGCCAGGGUGAGCUGGGAGACCCUGGGACACGUGGCUCUUCACUGCACAAGUGCCUUUUGCUGGUGUGCCCAGCAGUGCUGGCACCAUUCCUUAAUACCAGCUUGAUGAUGUCUGCUUAGUCUGUGUAAAUCAGGAACUCUUGUUACCCGCCUCCUAAGGGUGUGCAGAGCAUAAUUCCUCAGUGAUUGCAAAGCCCUUUGAGAUCCUCCUGUGGAAGAUGCCAUAUAAGCAGAAUCCGGCCACUGUUGGAGUUUGACAGCUCUGACACCUGAGAACUUCCCUCCUUUGAGCUGGGUAUCACUGACCAUUGCAGGGGCUGUUUAAACUGUACCUGUAGAAGGGCUUUGGAUGCUUUAGCAUCUUCUAGUGUUGCGACACCCACUUCUCCCUUCACCCCUCUCCUUUCAAGGCCCAAAUGUGUGAUGGCGUUAAUCUCAAGGGUCAGACCUAGUCCCCUUGCUUUUGCUAUAAUCAGCUUGGCUUAGAGUAAGGGGUUGUCAAUAGGGCUGCAUCGCUCCCACAUACCCCCACCAGUAUAAAGAACUUCUGGAGGCAAGAUGGUCCUCUGCAGAGAGGCUUUACUUGCAGGCCUGAUCCUGCUGCCAGGAUCCUAGAGGCCAGCACUACUGCAGCCUAGCAUCCAUGCUAGCAUUGAAUUAAAGCCCCUCUGGUAGAAGUUUACAGCAGAGAAGAGCAAAAACCUCCAUGAGCUAUGCAUGACCCCAGCAGCCAUGCUGUGGUACAGCACCAAAAAUAGAAGAGCCAUAGCAUGUUGUGUAGAAGUGCUGGGAGGAUGCCAGUACUAGAGGUGGUUACCAGUGCCUCCAAGUUGCAAGUUGCAUCCUCUUUCUAGAAGGAAAUUCCUGCUAGGAGGCAGCUCAGGUCCUACAGCAGGUUUAACACUCAGGGUUUCUCAGGGAAAGGCUCCUCCUUCUCCCAAAGGCAGCUACAUCCACAGUUCCAUCCUGAGGAGGAGCCUGCACUAAUAAACUGGAAGUGAGUGGUGGGACAGACUCCAAAGCCCUCAACUGCUUCACCUUCAUACAGCACACAUCCUACAGAAGAGUUUAGGUGAGACAUGGCCUACCCCAUCUUCCCCAGAGAGGGGUGCAGCAUUCAUGAAGCUUGCAGCCCAGGGAGACUGACACGAGAUUAAGCUGCAGACUUGGGAAAUACCACAUUUUAGAUUAGGGAAAAAAAGUUCUGGUUUUGUUCAUCCAUCUGAUGAGUUCCUGGUCAUCUGCCCACUCUGGUUCCUGCAGGACCAAAUGGCUGAUUCUUGCCACUUCCAGAAACUUUCUCUGAGUGCAGCAUCAAGUGAACACAGUGACUGCAGUGCUGUUAAGGAAGGACUUGCUAACAAACAAGGAGCUGGCUUUGUUCAUGGGAAGUGAUUGAGGCAAAUAAAUUGAAAUAAAGGGAAGCAGAUCACACA